ACUUGGCUUUCCUUCAUGGUCGGCUGCCAUGGGAACGAUCAGUUCUUCAACGACCACGCAGAUCUACAACUCCCAGAGUCCUACAGUGUUCCCUGGAUGAAGGCGGUGGAGGACUCCAGCCGUCUGUCCGCUCUGUCCGUCCCCGGGUCCCACGACAGCCUGUCCCUGGACGGGGGGACGCUGGCCCGGCACCAGGCCUGGCCCCUGGACCUGCAGCUGAGAGCGGGUAUCCGCUACCUGGAGGUGAGGGUGCUGGCGUUGGGGAACACCCUGUACGUGAUGCAGGGUGUCAUGUACCAACAUUACACUCUACAGGAGGUCCUGGACACCACCCAGGCCUUCCUGUCGCAGUACCCCAGCGAGGCGGUCCUGCUCCAUGUCCUCUCUGAGAUGUCCGAGCACGACAGGGUCCAGCGCAUGGUGCAGGACCUGGUGGGGCCGGAGCAGCGCGUCUGGGUGAGCUCCGGCAUGCCCACCAUGAGGGAGGUCCGGGGGAAGGUGGUGCUGGUCCAGAAGAGUUCCUUCGCCUUGGGAGUGCCCCUCCAGCCGGAGGGCAGCGGAGACCAACGCGUGUCAGAGAUCAAGGACAAGGAGGACUCGCUGGCCAAAGUGCUGAAGCAAGCAGCGGCCGAGUGCAGAGGAGAUAACAUUGUGGUGAGCCACUCCAGCGGCACUGGCUUCGGAACCUUCUGGGGGAUGUUUUUAACCCCCCGGCGCGUGGCGGAGAAGGUGAACCCCUGGCUGAACCACUUCCUGAGUCAGUACAACCCCAACCACCCCAGACCCUGCUUCGGGGUGGUCGCUAUGGACUUCCCGGGGUUCGACCUCAUCCAAACUAUCAUCAACUUAAACUGGAGGGACAUUAUGUCUGUGUCCAUGACCAAAAGCGAGGGGGUGACGGUGAUGACCAUGAACUCUGACCCUGGAAGCGCUUGGCCGCCGCUGUGUCAGAUCCUGAAGGCACUCUGCUACAGCCCGGUGUGCUGCAACGUGUCCCAGAAACUACGCUCAGUCCUGGGGACCUCCCACUCAGCUCUAGGGGCGAUGCAGGUGAUGGUGGGCCUGAUGAACAUUGGUCUUGGAGGGGUCCUCUCUACCAGCGGGUCAAGCUACCUGUUAUGGGAUUUUGGCUACUUCCCCUUCUGGAUGGGCCCCCUGUUCAUCGUGUUUGGCUUCCUGUGCAUCCUGUCUGAGAAGUUUCCCAGUCUUUGUUUGGUGCUGUCCAGUGUGACUGCUCAACUCUCUGGAGUAGGGUUCUCCAUCACAGCCGUGGUGCUGUACUUCAUCAACCUCUUCUCCGGAGAAGGCGGCAAUUGGCCCUGCGAAAAUAACCGCUACGACUUCUACCGUAGCCGGAGCACGGAAGCCCCCAUCGACAACAGCUCGGAUAUUGAGAAAUGUCUUGAGGGCCUCAGCAUCAUCAAGGCGAUUCUACGCGGAGUCAACGGUCUACUGAUCAUUCUCUCAGUUCUCCAGCUCUGCCUUUCCAUCUCCUGCGUCGUCCUGGGAAUCAAAGCCGUAAAAAAGGGCUUCAAGAAGGAGAAAAAGUUCUUCAACGACCACGCAGAUCUACAACUCCCAGAGUCCUACAGGGUACCCUGGAUGAAGGCGGUGGAGGACUCCAGCCGUCUGUCCGCUCUGUCCAUCCCCGGGUCCCACGACAGCCUGUCCCUGGACGGGGGUUCCCUGGCCCGGCACCAGGCCUGGCCCCUGGACCUGCAGCUGAGAGCGGGUAUCCCAGCAGCGCGUCUGGGUGAGCUCCGGCAUGCCCACCAUGAGGGAGUUCCGGGGGAUUCGUGGUGCUGGUCCAGAAGAGUGGAGAGGGGAGCGGAGACCAACGCGUAUGAGAGAUCAAGGACAAGGAGGACUCGUUGGCCAAAGAAGGUGAACCCCUGGCCGAACCACUUCCUGAGUCAGUACACCCCCAACCACCCCAGACCCUGCUUCGGGGUGGUCGCUAUGGACUUCCCGGGGUUCGACCUCAUCCAAACUAUCAUCAACUUAAACUGGAGGGACAUCAUGUCUGUGUCCAUGACCAAAAGUGAGGGGGUGACGGUGAUGACCAUGACCUCUGACCCUGGAAGCGCUUGUCCGCCGCUGUGUCAGAUCCUGAAGGCACUCUGCUACAGCCCGGUGUGCUGCAACGUGUCCCAGAAACUACGCUCAGUCCUUGGGACCUCCCACUCAGCUCUAGGGGCGAUGCAGGUGAUGGUGGGCCUGAUGAACAUCGGACUUGGACUCGUCCUCUGUCCCAACGGGGAGUUCUCCUACCAGAUACGGCAAGCCAGUUACUUCCCCUUCUGGAUGGGCUCCCUGUUCAUCGUGUUUGGCUUCCUGUGCAUCCUGUCUGAGAAGUUUCCCAGUCUUUGUUUGGUGGUGUCCAGUGUGACUGCUCAACUGUCUGGAGUAGGGCUCUCCAUCACAGCCGUGGUGCUGUACUCCAUCAACCUGGCUUUGCUGCGCAUGGAUUGGCUCUGCAAUGAUUGGCACUACGGCUACUACCGUAGGGAGAGCACGGGUACCCCUAUCGACAACAGCUCAGAUAUGGAGAAAUGUCUUGAGGGCCUCAGCAUCAUCAAGGCGAUUCUACGCGGAGUCAACGGUCUACUGAUCAUUCUCUCAGUUCUCCAGCUCUGCCUUUCCAUCUCCUGCGUCGUCCUGGGAAUCAAAGCCAUAAAAAAGGGCUUCAAGAAGGAGAAAAAGAGUGAAGACAUCGAACACUACACACCUCUCCUGACUGAGAAGCCUGCCUACUGAGGCUGUGAGGCCAACGUUGGUACUGCAGCCAGGGGCAAUGCUACAUAAUAUGUUAUCAUCCUAUAUUAAAUACAGGUAACUAAUUAAAUACAGAGAGCAUGUCAAAGCUUUUAAUUCUAUAUGAAAUACAUAAGGGAUAAUCUGUACAACGAUGGUCAUUAUCGGGAAAAUAAGCACUGACAGGGCGAACAGGACACCGACGCGAAGCGGAGGUGUCUUGCUUCAGGGGUUUAUAGCUGAAGGGGCUUAUUUUCGAUAAUGACCAGCGACGUUCUAUACAUUAUCCCGCUUAUUAGGAGGCUACUUGCCAAAACCAAAAAAUAACUGCACACGGUGUGUCAAGUUAAACAGAAAAUAAAUGCAUGUACAAUACA